AUGGCUCAUUCCAAACCGGCUGGACCGGUUCAACUCAGCUUCCUUCUCUUCUUCCUGAUGGCAACGGUGGAGAUGCAUCGAGGCAGCAGCUCAUCUUCCGAAAGGACGGUGGAAAUGCGAGGGAGGAAAGUGCUGGAGAACGAUCUGGUCAUUAGCCCCCCCAUGGGAUGGAACAGCUGGAAUCAUUUCAAGUGCGACAUCACAGAAAAGCUUAUUAUGGAAACGGCUGAUGCUAUGGUGUCUACUGGGCUUGCAUCAUUGGGUUACCAGUACAUAAAUUUAGAUGAUUGCUGGGGAGCAUUUAAUAGGGAUUCCAGGGGUAAUCUUCAACCUAAUUCAUCAACAUUUCCUUCUGGAAUCAAGGCACUUGCAGAUUAUGUGCAUGCCAAAGGGCUUAAGCUUGGAAUCUAUGGUGAUGCAGGGAAUAGGACUUGCACUUUAAGAAUCCCUGGAUCACUUGGAAAUGAGCUAAGGGAUGCAAGAACUUUUGCCUUAUGGGGAAUUGAUUAUUUAAAAUAUGAUAAUUGCAAUAAUCUUGGUAAAAGUCCAAAGAAAAGAUAUAAGAAGAUGGGCAAGGCCUUGAAAUAUGCAGGUAGAAAUAUAUUCUUCUCCAUAUGCGAAUGGGGAAGAGAACAUCCGGCAACUUGGGCCCCAAUGGUUGGAAAUAGUUGGAGAACAACUGAUGAUAUUCAUGAUGAUUGGGAUAGCAUGACAGAUUGUGCCGACCAAAAUGACAAGUGGGCAUCCUUUGCAGGGCCUGGUGGAUGGAAUGAUCCGGACAUGCUUGAAGUAGGAAAUGGUGGAAUGAAAACUGAAGAGUAUCGUUCACAUUUCAGCAUUUGGUCACUUUCCAAGGCACCUUUAAUUAUUGGCUGUGAUGUUCGAAAUAUGAGCCAUGAAACUUUUGAGAUAUUAAGUAAUGCAGAAGUUAUUGCAGUAAAUCAAGACAAACUUGGUAUUCAAGGAAAGAAGGUGAAAGGAAGCCGCGAUUUGGAGGUGUGGUCGGGUUUGCUCAGCGACGAGAAAGUUGCUAUUGUGCUUUGGAAUAGAUUAUCUUCACCAAAGCCCAUCACUGCAUAUUGGUCUGAUAUUGGCCUUCAUCCUUCAACGAUUGUCGAUGCUCGAGACCUUUGGACACAUUCAACCAUUUCAUCAGUUAAGGGGCAGUUGACAGCCAUUGUGAAUGCUCAUGACUGCAAGAUGUAUGUCCUAACACCAUUGAAAUAGCGCUUCAAAUUUGAAAUUCGAUUU